AUGAGUAUACUUAGUCGGAUUUCCGAUACUUUUCAUGGUGUUGUUGACGGUCUUAACAACACUUUUAAGGUCAUGAAUGCUACUGUUCCUGCUCCUGCUCCUUUGCAGUCUGUUAAUUCUGGCCUUGAAGCUGGUAUCAAGGCCACAACCAAGUUUGACAAUAAGGUUAAAGAUGUUGCUGGUGCAAUGUAUGAUAAUUGGAUUAAACCUGAAUUAGAUGCUAAGCACCCCGAAUACCUCGGCGGUAAUCGUAUUCGUCUUAAUGUUCAUGAAGUAACGAAUACUUCCCAGUCUGAGCAGGAUUUUCUCGGUGAUAUUGGCGCUAAGUCUGCGACUACUGAUUCUCAUGCUGAUUUUGUUCGUUCCUUUACUGAACACGGUUGGUUGCUUGGUAUUGCAGUUGCUCGAUAUGAUCACCUUUAUAGCCAGUCGCUUCCUGCUAAAUUUUCUCGAGUUGAUAAAUUUAGUUUCUAUAAUCCGCUUUUCUCCGAGAUUGGCGAACAGCCCGUUUAUGAUUCUGAGAUCUAUGCUACUACUUCCAGCAUUGAGGAUCAUUCUGUUUUUGGAUAUCAGGAAGGUUGGGCUUCUUACCGUUAUGCACCGAAUGUUGUUUCUGGUUUAAUGCGUCCGACUUCUGAGGGUGCUUUCUCUACUUGGACAUUUGCCGAUGCUUAUAGUACUAAGCCCACGCUUUCCGCUGGUUGGGCUCGAGAGGAUCCUAAUAUUCCCAAUCGUGUGCUUGCUGUCACUUCUGAUCUUUCUGAUCAGAUUUUUGCUGAUUUCUAUUUCGAAGCAAAAUGGUCUAGAGUCAUGCCGAUGUUCUCUGUUCCUGGUGCUAUUGGUGCAUUUUAA